AUGUCACACUUCGUUUCCAAACACACCUCUCACGACUUCGACUCGCUGCAGAACCAGCUGCUUCGGAGGCACCCCGUCGACAACAGUCCCGAAGACGACGACGGUCAGGCCGCGAAUGCGGAACCUGUCGAUGAAGCGAGCAAUCGACCUGGAGUGACGAGUUCUCUCGCCAGCCGCCGUCGCCGCGACAAUGAUGACGCCUUCCAGCUUAGCAACGACAGCAGCAGCCAACGCGUGUCUUCGCUCUACUCGCGGCGUAAUAGUCCCGAGCUACCCACUCCAGGUCCUUCGCGUCCUCGGAGCGUCGCCAGCCAGGUGCCGGCAAGCAGCUCAUCCUCCACCGACGGUCAGAUCGAGGCGACCGACUACUUCUCCAAACCGGCUGCCACCCCGUCUCGUUCACGGUCCGCGGCAUACCACGUCGACCUUGACAGCGGCAAGCUGAGCGGCAACCCCUUCGUAGCAUCAACGCCAUCUUCGCCAAGCUCGGUCGUCGAGAACGAAGGCGCUCUUCGAACUCCGUUGACGUCUCACCAUGAUCCCGCCUCUGCGCAAUCUGUCCAUGCGGAUCAGCCCUACGGCGAAACUUCCUCCUCGAAUCUAGCUCAAAGCGCGUCCACGAUACGUCCACGUCGCACUCAGAAAGGCGUCUCCUUCUCCGACAGCAACGCUGGUCCUGGAGAACACGGCCAUCAAGCGCAGGAUGGAAAGCACUACCGUCGCCCCGCGAGGUCCAAUAGCGGCUUCCUGGAGCCAGGUCAACAAUCAGCUACAACGCAUCUUCCACGUACGAAGAGCCUCGGCAUGAUCCAUCCCGCCGAGAUGGCGCCUCGUAAGCUCGGCACCUGGGACGGCGUCUUCAUGCCCGUCAGUCUCAAUAUCCUCGGCAUCAUCCUCUUCUUGCGUUUCGGUUUCGUUCUCGGCCAGGCAGGUUUGCUUGGUGCCGUCUUUCUGCUCGUCGUCAGCUACGCCAUAGAUACCCUCACAGCUAUGAGUCUGAAUGCUAUCAGCACCAACGGUCAGGUGCGAGGCGGAGGCGCCUACUAUCUCAUCUCUCGCUCGCUCGGUCCCGAGUUCGGCGGCUCGAUUGGCCUCAUCUUCUUUGCCGGUCAGGCUCUCAACGCGGCCAUGAACGUGCUCGGUUUUGUCGAGACACUCACAGACGCAUUUGGACAAAGCAGAGGUGCAUCCGGCUUCCUUCCGGAGGGUCCGUGGUAUAACUUCUUCUACGGAUCCAUUGUCCUGCUCGUCAGCGCCAUCGUGUGCCUCGUCGGGUCCAAGCUGUUCGCACGCGCGACCCUCGCGCUCGCCCUCGUCCUCUGCGUAGCCAUCGUCAGCAUCCCCAUCUCGUCCUUCACCGUCCAGCCUUUCAUCGAUGACGAUCGCGGUGUCUACUACACCGGCUGGUCUUGGGAAACAACACGCAGCAAUCUGUUACCCCGCUUCACCGCCGGUGCUGCCGGCUCCUCGACAGGCAAUGAACCCGAAAAUUGGCAAAGCGUAUUCGGUGUCCUCUUCCCAGCUGUGACGGGUAUCCUCGCUGGAGCAUCCAUGUCGGGUGAUCUACGCAAGCCUAGCAAGAGCAUCCCCAAAGGGACCAACUAUUCGUUGGUCUUCACGUUCCUCGUCUACCUGCUCAGCUUUGUCGUCUUUGCAGGCACGAUCGAGCGCGAGUCGUUCUAUGUCGACGUCGGCAUCGUCUCCGAUGUGGCUCUCAGCCCACAGAUCAUCACUUUUGGCGCACUCGCCUCGACCGCCUUUUCGGCCUUGAUGGGUGUCAUGGCGUGUGGUAAAGUGUUACAAGCCAUUGCGCGCGACAACUUGCUUCCUGUGCUUGACAUCUUUGCUCAGGGCACCGAGGUCAGCGACACCCCUAUCUAUGCUGUGCUCGCAACCUACAUCUUCUGCCAAGCCAUCCUCUUUGUCGACUCGGUCAACACCAUCGCCCAGCUCGUCACCAUGACCACUCUGCUCACCUUCGGCACGCUCAGCUUCGCCACGUGCGCGCUCAAAGCGGGCGGCGCUCCUAGCUUUCGCCCGUCUUUCAAGUACUGGAACAUCUGGACGGCUGCAGGAGGUGCUGUUAGCUGUUUCGGCGCCAUGUUCUUCACCGACCCUGCUGCUGCCGGAGGAUGCAUCCUCUUUGCCGUCAUGCUCUUCGUCAUGAUUCACUUCUUUUCACCACCGAAGCCGUGGGGCGACGUUACGCGCAACAUCACCUACCACUUUGUCCGCAAGUACCUGCUUCGGCUCGACGAGCGCAAGGGGCACGUCAAGUACUGGCGUCCCCAGAUCCUGUUGCUCGCGAACAAUCCACGCAGCGAAUGGAACCUCAUCAUCUUUUGCAACUCGCUCAAGAAGGGUGCACUGUAUGUGCUCGGCCAUGUGCUCAAGGGCGAAUUCACCGAAUGCCUAGCCGAGAUGCGCAAGCAGCAGGUCGCCUGGCUCAAGCUCGUCGACCUCACCGGCAUCAAGUCUUUUGUCGACGUUGUCAUUGCCAAGGAUGAGCGAGAGGGUGCUCGCAACCUCAUCCUCUCCUGCGGUCUGGGUGGUAUGCGACCCAAUAUCGUUGUGAUGGGCUACCCGAGCGACAUGCGUCAUCCAGCAAAGGUGGCCAGAUCCACCUAUGGCAGCGGACAUCGAAGCGACGGCAGCGAGAUUACCAUCCGCGGCCUGUCUUGGCCGCAACGUCAACAUCAGGCUGUCGAUGUUGGCAGUCUGCCAACGGAUGUAGCGAGGAGAGAGACACCGAUCAAGCCUACCACCUACGUCGGUAUCAUGGAGGACUCGCUCGCUCUCAACAAGGCCUUGGCCAUCGCCUAUGGUUUCGAUCUCAUGCAGCCACCGGUGCAGGUCAAGUCCAGCUCUCUGCCCAAACCGAAGCACGCCAAGCAGGAGGAAGAGCGCUACAUUGAUCUAUGGCCGAUCCAGAUCGCUAGCCCGGAUACGGACGAGAGCCAUGCUUGGGACACGUACACGAUGGUUCUGCAUCUCGGCACCAUUUUGAGCCUCACCAGCAGCUGGAAGUCGCACAAGCUGCGUGUUUCCGUAUUCGUUGAACACGCCAGCGAGAUGGACGAAGAGCACAAGCGUAUCCGCGCUUUGCUCGACAACCUGCGUAUCCCGGCGUCGCUGCGUGUCUUUUGCCUGUCGGAUCAGAGCGUCACCACCUAUCGCACCAUUGUGCAUGGAAGCAGCGUCGCUGCUGUCGAAGUCGACGAGGCGUUGCGUGGAGAUCCGUGGUGGGAGACGUUGAAAGAGCUCCGACGAAAUGACGAGCGUCGUGCGCGUGCCGCUUCCAAACGCAAGUCGCAGGCCUUGUCUCCUGCAAAAGCGAUCCCGGCUCCGGGCCAAGCAAGUGAUGCAGCAGGCGAUGCGCCACGCAAGCAGUCGAAAAGAGAGCAGAAGCUGUUCGGCGUCAGCCUUCCGGCCGAGCAUCUCGCGUAUCACAAACAAAACAUCCGUCUCGGUCUCGCCCACCCGCGUGCGCGUCGGGAGGACGGGGAGGAUUCGUCCUCCGAUUCCGACUCGGAUUAUGAGGACGAACUGGCGAUGCUAUCCGAGGACGACGACUGGCUCGUCGAUGGGCCUGCAAGGCGCGGACUUGCGAUCCGCAGAGCCUCGACGCUGGAGCCGGCAAGCUCGUCGAGCAAGAUACGCAACUAUCGAACGAGAGCAUACUCGAUCGGCGGCUCUGCCGGCCUCCCCGACGACCCGGUCACGGCAGCCAGCAGGCCUCUGCUGGGAUCGAGCAUGUCGUCACAUAUGGGGCCGGGAUCGGUUGCGACGAGCUACGGAACGCUCAGCUCAAGCCAGAGGACUGCGACGCCGGCGACGGUGCGAGCUGCUUCGAAUGGGAGCUCUGCCACACUGUUGGGCACGUCGUACGCCUCGACCGAUUCGAGCACGACGCCUCGGGCAUCCGUGCCGCACACCAUUGAACGACCCUCGCCUCUGACGGAAGGGCUCGCUCUGUCUUCCCUUGCUCAGGGUAAGAGGUUCGAGGACGAGGGGGAAGACGCCUCGACACUCAAAGCCUCAGAAAGGCAAAAGAUGCAGGCUGAGCUCAAGCGGGAUCUGCAGAACGGCACAGAGACGACUCCGACCAAGGCGAGUGGUCUCGCUGUGCCUUCGGAUGCGAUUACACCGCGACCCAGGGUGGAAAGCGACAGUCGGCAGUCGUCGUACACCGGUUCGAUCGCCUCCUCUGACGGUGGCGAUGGGACCUCGAGCAGCUCUUCCUCCGGAGCGGAGUACGACGCCAAAGGCCGAUUGGUCGCAGGUAAAAACGGCAAGGUCCGCAAAGCUUCUCUCUCUCGACACGGAAAAUCGCGCUCCGAAGAAGUCGACUCGCACCGGCGUGUUUCUUCCACCUCGCCCGCCCACGUGCGUCGCACGCGACCCUCUCCCGCAGUACGCACACCCAGCCGCGCCACCAGCAUCUACUCGACCGAUCUGCCAACAGUGUCGUUCAACGAGCUGCCGAACAAGGCGCAGUAUCUGAUCCUGAACGAGCUCAUCCGCAUCAACAGCUCGGCGGCGACGGGCGUGGUGCUGACGGCGUUGCCGGCGCCGGAGCCGGGCACGAGUGCGGACGAGCUGAAGUCGUUGAGGUAUUUGGAGCAGUUGGAGAGUUUGUUCAGUGGAGGCCCGCCGAUUAUGGGGGUUCAUGCGAAGACGUUGACGAUGACGAUGAGUCUGUAA